GGCGCAUUACCACCCAGGCGCCAGGCGAGGAGUUGAGACUGAUUUCCCCGUGCACUCUUCAGAGAGUUGAUCGUUUCAGGGGGAAGAAGAAAAGAAAAGCCAGCGGAGAUGCUUUAUCCGGUCAUUGUCGCGGUCCUGACCGCUGCUGCUUUUGCCCAGGAGGCGAUACCGGGGUUCUGUACCGAGACCACGGAAUGCUUCAAGUUCAAGGUCCUCUGCGAAGCUGACACGUACGAGCUUCGGCGGUACGAGAAGUCGGUCUGGGUGGCAACGGACGUGGAGUCCCUGGUGUACGAGCACGCUUCCAUGACGGGAUUCCGCAAGCUCUUCAAGUACAUCACGGGGGACAAUGAUGCCAUGCAACAAAUCAACAUGACGGCCCCUGUGCUGAUUAAAGUUCCCCACGGCGGGAAAUUCUGGCAGAAAACCAAAUACACGAUUCACUUUAUGCUGCCUUCUUACGUGGCCGAGAACCCGCCUUCACCUUUCAACCCCGAGGUGUACUUUGUCCGCAUGCCAGCCAUGACCAUGUAUGUGAAGUCGUUUGGAGGUUGGAUUCUCACAGUCACCUCCAAGAUCUACUCUGGCCUCCUCUCCAACGACCUCAAAGAUAAGAAAAAGAACUUCGACAAUGGCUUCCACUACAUGGCCUCAUAUAAUAGACCGACAAAAAUGCUGAAUCGUCACAAUGAAGUGUGGUACAUGGCGACGGAGAGCCCCAACUGUGAGGCUUGAUCCGGAGUGUGAGGGCUCUUCCCUGCGGCUCACAACUGACCCAGCAGCACAAGCAACGCCCCACGGCUGUGUAGAUCCAUCGAGCCCACCACCACCAUCACCACCACCCACGCCGCAUCACCACCACCAUCACCCACUACCAUCACCCACUACCAUCACCCACCACCACCACCACCCACGCCGCAUCAUCACCCACCACCAUCACCCACCACCACCACCAUCACCCACUACCACCACCAUCACCCACGCCGCAUCACCACACGCCAGCACCCACCACCACCAUCCACCACCCACCGCCACGUUGGGGACCACGAAACUCAGGGCCGUGGUAAAUUACAUGGCUCACCGAUCUCACACAACAAUCACGUGGAUGUUCAUGGUACACUUUUAGUUAUGUCACUUUUAAUAUUUGCACUCACAAUAAUUCCAAAAUCAGCUGCAUGCAUUUUAAAUCUAUCGGGAUAGUGACGUCACAUGUUGUAACUGCAGUAUACUACACCCAACAUUUCUGUGUUGUGUGGUGUAGUGGACUUUUUUCAAGUGGCUAUGGAAAACGUGAUUAAAUAUUUGUACUCUAUUAAAACAGCAACUAUAAACCGA